UUCAACGCCUACUCAGCAUUUGAAGCUUCCACAGACGCCACUUGGAAUCUCUUUUGGAACAGUGGCCAGCACAGUUUGUCUUUGAACGAUGCCUCAUGUCCAGGUUCAACUUUUGCAUACCCACUGGUUUGGGAUGUAGCUGUCGCUGGAACCGCUUUCACUAAUAGUGGAAAUACUGAAAGAUUGAAUGAUGUGGCUCAAAACCUCUUACAAUACAGAAGAGGCGACGGCUGGUUUUCCGCUUCAACUGCAAAGGAUGACGACAUCUAUGUAGACGACAAUGCCCAGAUCUUGUGGGUCUUCGUCGAUGCUUAUAAAGCUACCAAUAACGGUGACUACUUAAGUAUCGCGCAAAGAACGAUGGACUUAAUCAGAUCGCAGUGGAAUCUGAAUAUCGGUGGGAUACAAUGGAACAAAGAUGGUGAUUAUAUCGCUUCAAUUUCCACGUCAGAAGCUGCAUUGGCUGCUGUGAAAUUGUAUGAGGUUGCCCCGGACUCCAAUUUGCUUGACUUUGCUCAACAUUGCUUAAACUGGUUGUACACUAACUUGCAAGACCCCAAUGAUCAUUUGUUCUUUGAUGGUAUUUCCCUUCCUUCAGGUGACGUCAACCAAGGGAAAUUGACUUAUACAGUGGGAUCAGUCUUAUCUACACUUGCAUAUUUGAACAAAUUUACUGGAGAGAGUAGCUUUUUGGAUACUGCAGUUACAUUAGGUAAUGCAGCGGCCGGUGGGUCUGGUGCAUUCUACGGUAGCAACGGUUACUGGAAUAACCAAAUGAAGUACUCUCACCUAUUGUUUGCUGGUAUUGCAGAUAUUCUUAAAUUA